CCAAAUUUCAAUGCCAUCAUGGCCACCGUCGACCACCACCACCACCUGGACUCCGUCCCCGUCGUCGACCUCCGCCUCCUCACUCAAUCCGAACUCUACUCCCUCUCCCUCUCCUCCUCCUCCUCCUCCGCCUCUCACCGCUUCGACGACGACGUUUUGAUCCCCAAAAUCGACCGCUCCGUCUUCAACGAAUCCGCCGGCAGCCGCAAACAGACCUACUCCCGCCUUCGCCUGGCCCCUCGCAACGCCGCCGCCGCCUCCUCCUCCUCCAAAUCCAAAUCCGCCCUCCCUCGCCUCCUCCUCUCCCAGCCGCUCGAUCACGAGAGCCGCCAGAUUAUCUCGCUCCUCAAGCAGCUCUUCCCCUCCGAGAAUCAAAACGACGACGACGUCCUCCUCCUCGAAACCACACCUCCGCCGCAGUACAGAUACCUCGCCUUGCCGGAGCCGAAGCCUUGUUCCCUCACCACCGCGGCUGGUGCGGUUUCCGGCGUCGAUUCCUCGCUCGGGAAACGGAAGCGAGGCCGGCCGCGCAAGGAUUCUUACGCCGUGGUUUCCAGACCGGAGGCGGCCGUGCCGGUAAACUCUGCCGCGCUAACUGCCGGUGCCGGUGAGGCUAGGGAUGGCAAUGCCGGUGUUUCGAUCGAAAAGCGUGAUGGUGAAGGUGAAGUUGCGGCGGUUGGGACAUUUGUUCUGAAUAGCCAAGGACAGCUUGUGCAGAGCAGCGAAGGGAAGAGAAAGCGAGGCCGGCCGCGGAAGGAUGAGGUUAGGGUGAGGGAUGAGAGCAGGGCGGUGGCUCCGGUGGCGGUGAGGAAACCGAGAGUGAAGAAGGAAGUGAAAGAGGAGGAUGGAGAUAUGGUGCUGGUGAACCGAAAUGACGAGGUUGUGGACUUGGAUGCAUUGGCCAAUGUGGAUAUUGCGUUUGGGGAGGAGUUGAGGAAGAGGACAGAAGGGUUGGAGAGUGAGGCGCAGUUGUUAGGGUUUCUGGAAGGGUUGCAGGGGGACUGGUCGAGUGCUAGGAAGAAGAGGAAGAUUGUGCAGGCGAGUGAGCUCGGUGACUUGUUGCCCAAGUGGUGGAAGAUCAUGCUGUCUCUCAAGAGGAACGGAGGUCAUAAAUCGCUUGUGUGUAGGCGGUUCAUAAGCCCUAAUGGGUUGGAGUUUGUGUCGUGCAAGGAAGUUUCUUCAUACUUGCACUCUUAUUUUGGACUCGGAAGCCAGUCAAAUCCUGUUCAUACCAUUGGGAAUAUUCAGGUUUCUAAUAAAAUGGUUUUGGGAGAUGGAAUGCAACAUGACAAUAAUUUCUCCUAUGAAGAUAACAACAAUGGUCAUGAGCUUCUUUGCUGCUCCCCAAUGCCCAUGACCUCUAUGAACAGCUAUGUCAAGAGCAUUGAAGCGUCAGAAGAAGUAAUGGGUAUGCGGAAAAAAUUGGAUCCUGUAAAGAGUGGUCGUUUUGGGACAUCCUUGAAAAUUCAAGAACCAGUUGAGAUAGACGGGGAUGAUUUGAGUUCUGAUUUCUCUCUGGGUAAGGUAAAUGAUAUCAUGGCAAAAUAUUUUGCCACAUCCAUUGAUGAACCAAAUUCAAUGUCCUGUGAGGAGCAAGCCAUGAAGGCUGACAACACAAUUUGCUUUUCUGAUGGAUUAAAUGAUGGUGUCAGGGUUCCCAUCAGCUCAGUUGAUGUGCCCAAUGUGGAGAUAGACAGUGCUUCAAAUGAGAUGGGAAAAGAACAUGGAGCUGACAAUAUUGAAAAUCACCAAUCAACUAGCACUGUAGACGAUAUGAAAAUUGAUGAUGUGGAUAAUUGUAGGAAUGGCAGGUCAAUAUCUGGUAUUAGUGAGAGUCAUAUUGGACCUGAGACUGCAAAUAGUAAUGUUGACCAACAAAGUACUUCAGAAGCCUGCUCGCUUGUUCCUUCAAUUGUGAUGGAGUCUCUUCACGAAAGAGGUUCUGACAGUGGUUUAUAUAGUACAGCCACUGAUGAUAAAACAUGUGUUGAUAACUUCAAUAAUGAUUCAUUGUCCACAUUUUAUGAGAGCAGAUUUAUUGAUAUUGGCCUAUCUGGGAGCAAUGAGAAGCCAUUUUGUUUUGGCGGCGAUCAUGCUAUGCCAGAUGUAGAUUCCAUGGAAAUCAGUGAGCAAAUUCGAAGUACUGGAAGCUGUUCAAUUGUUUCACCUCUGGAUGGACAAAGUUGUAUUAAUAAUGCAACGAAUCCUUGUUGCACAGUCGAAGAGCAGGAAAAGAGUUUAGCAAGCAACGCAGUCAAUUUAUCUGUUAAUAAGCAGACUCCUGUUAAUCUAAAUAAGGGUGGUAUUGAUACAGCAGAAAGGCAUGAAGUUCAGCAUGCCAAAAAUUAUGACAAUAGUGAGUUAAGUGUUAACUUUUGUAGCAGGGCCACUGGAACUAAUGUGGAUACCACCUCUUACAUUAACCCGGAAAGGAGCUCUACAGGAUAUUCACUUGCUUCAUAUGCAAACGAGCAUGCAUCUGUUUCAGAAAAUAGUUUUGUCUGCAAUAGCAUUUUGGAAGAACAUCAGCCCGAUAGAGGUUCUUUUGAAACUGAUUUGGUUUGCCCAUCAGGGUAUCGACAAGGAUAUAAUCCGGUAAAUCAUGCAAACAGCACAUCUUCAAGGCCAACUUUUGGCAGCAGUUGUAGUGGACAAGAAGCGAAUGCUAUCAGUGGCACUGUGACCGGAAUAAAUGCUCAAGCACCCUCCCUUGUUCUUUCAGAGGAUAACCAAUUAUUUGCUACUGGCUCUGACAUAUUUAGUAGCUCAGUAUUGAACGAUAAGCUGAUAAGAGUUCCUGUUAAUGACUUAUCACGCCCAAGUGGUGGUGAGCAAACCCCUGACUUUGUAAGUAAUCUGAAUGGGGUCUAUAGCACUACAUUGUGGGAACAGCCUAAAUCCAAGGGUGCAGAACAUUUAAAUGACAAUGAACCCAUCAAUGGUUUUUUAAAUGAUUCACAACCUACUGCUGAUUUAAUGUCCGAGCUUCUGUGGAGAAAUGUUGAGCAAAACAUCCAGCAGAGUGGAUUGGCUGACACUUCUGCACUUAUGCAAUCAUCUGGCAGCUAUCCAAACUUUGAUAUGCUGUCAGGCAAGGGUGAGAAUGGAGCUUUAAGCACAAGUGAACAAUUUGACAACACUCGAUGUUUGGAAGGAUUAAAGUCAAGUAGAUUAGAGCAGUUUGAGCCUGACUUUUUGACUGCUCAAGCAACCUCUCAAUCAAAGGAAUCAAAUGUGUUGUCAUAUGAUGAGAAUAUAGAGCAAGGUUUCAAUUCAUCUGGUUGGCCGGAGAAGGUUGCACUGUCUUCGGUGCCAAAUAUAGAAAGCAGGCUUGAGAUUAACAGCUGUGUCUGGUGCAGAAAUGAUCUCUAUCAUGAUGCUUAUGGAGCCGGAAUGCAAACCGGUUCAGUGGGUAUUAUGUGUGCAAAUUGCCAGGGCAAGUUCUCAGGUCAUGUCAGUUUUCUGUAGUUGUCCAUUCAUUCCAUGACUCAUGAGGCUCUGCUUAUAUACCCAUCAUCCUAGCAAGAUCUUUGAUAUGAGGCAAUGGUUGAACUCAUUGGAGAACUGUUUCACAGACAGACCUAUGUAACUAUUGAAGAGGCUGGUUCUGGAAUGGCGCUCUAUGACAUAUCUUGCUGCAUAGGUCACUUGCUACAGACGUUCAUUUUUCUUCUUCAUUUGCUUUGGGUCUAACUGUUUGUUUACUCAUUCAAGCUGAUUUAGGCCUUAUUUUGUUUCUUUCUGUGGAGGACCCUUUUUUUAUUAUCCCCACAAGAAAGAAACUCAUUGUCCAAUUAGG